AUGGCUCACAGUCAGGACAUUCUGGGCCAGUUGCCCCUCCUUCAGUCCUACACUCACGCCAUCCUCUGUUUCCAGCUCGCCUCCAACACCACUCCCACCAUUGACCUGGAAUCCGCCGUGCAGCGGCUGCUAACCCUGUUCCCCAUUCUGGCAGGCCAGGUCAUCAAGACGGGUGCCUCGCCCACCUCGUCCGGUGCCUACCAAGUCGUCCCUUAUCCAGUUCGCAAGUCCCCCAUCAUCCGCUACGUCGACCAUCGCUCGGAUCCCCAAAUCCCCAGUUAUAACACUCUGCGUACGGCCCAUUUCCCCUUCAACCAAAUGCCAAGUACCCACUUCUCCCCUCCCCACCCGGUCUUCCCCAUCCCCUAUCCAGACACUGACCUCGCCCCUGUGCUCGAUAUUCAAGCCAAUAUCCUGAAUGGAGGAUUCCUACUCACCCUAGCCGCACAGCAUAACAUCAUCGACGCCAGCGGCAUCUUUCAAAUCGCCUCGCUACUGGCCCGUCUCACGCGGGGCGAAUCGAUCCCAAAGGCCGAGGUCACCGAGGGCAACUUGGACCGCCAGGAUCUGAUUCCCCUGCUGGAUGACAGCCAGCCCCUCCGCUACGACUACUGCGAGUAUCUUCCUUCGUUCAUGCCGAAGAUCCCCCCUAACCUGACAGAACUCUUCCCCACCUUCCAAUGGGCUUAUUUUCACUUGUCCAGACGGGCCGUCGAGGCGAUCUACGCCGAGGCCGCCGUCCCCUCCUCAUCACACAGCACCCCUGUGCAGAUCACCCCCAAUGAUGCCCUCACGGCAUUUAUCUGGCAACGACUAACGCUUACUCGUCUCCACCACUCCCCUAGCCCGCUCGCUGCUACUGACGUCUCCAAAAUCUCCCGUGCCAUGGACCUCCGUCGUACUUUGCACCUCUCCCCAGCCUACAUGGGGCACAUGAUUCGUACCGCUACCCUCCGUCUCCCGCUAGGCGAGAUCACUUCGCUGCCGCUGGCUACGCUGGCUGCGAAGCUUCGGGAUCAGGUUGCCGAGCUACGCACGCUGGAUGCUGUGCGCGACUACGCUACGUUUCUGGCGCGGCAGCCAGACAAGAGCAAGAUUGCCUACAGCGGAGGCGGGUUUCAGCCGGCUACGGAUUUGAGUUGCUCUAGUAUCGCUCAUGUGGACUAUGAUCGGUUGAGUCUGGGGGGUGCAAUGGGACGGUGCGAGGGAGUCCGUCGCCCGGGAGGGGGAGUAUUGCCAGGCGGUUGCUACAUCGGACCGGCGGGGGACUGGUAUGGCAGUGUUGGAGAUGAGGAAUCUCGUCAAGAGACGGGAAUAGAGGUGUUGAUGUGUUUGGAUGGAUGGGAGAUGGAGGGGCUGAGAGAGGAUGAGCGGUGGAGGGAGUGGGUGGAUGAAAUCGCCAUCAUCGGCUCCGGCCUAAUCGGGACCCUCCUCGCCCUAGGCCUUCUCAACAUCCCCAACUCCAACCCAACAACCCUCCGGAUAAAAAUCUACGAACAAUCCGCCAUAACCCACGAACUCGGCGCCGGAAUCGGCUUCACCACCUGCGCACGGAAAUGCAUGACGCUCAUGGACCCGCGCAUCGCGGAAUGCGUAGCGCACGUAGCGACACUCAACGGGGAGGAGGAAGAUCCCGAUUACUGUAUGCGGUUCGUGGAUGGGUUCAGGACGUAUACGGGGGGUGAUUGCUGGGGGACGUCGAAGGGUGGAGAGGGGGGAGGUGUUGAUGUGAGGGGGAUCGGAGGGGAACAUUAUUCAGAAGGUAGAAGUGAAGAUAAUAAUAAUAAUAAUAAUAAUAAUAGGGGAGGCGAGAAUGAGGAUAGAGGUGUGCAUAUCUUCGGGAAAGUCUACAAGUUGUAUACCGGCCCAAGGGGGUUUGAAGGAUGUCAUCGGGGGCAGUUUCUCGAUGAAGUGAUGAAACUUAUGCCUGAGGGUGUAGUGGAGUACAAUAAGCGGGUGGAGGGGUAUGAGUAUCUCCCAUCGGGGAGGAUACAAUUGGGGUUUAGUGAUGGGGGCAGGGUGGAGUGUGAUCUUGUCCUCGCCUGCGACGGCAUCAAAUCUCUCAUCCGCACCCAUCUCUACCCCGAGACAAAACCCCAAUACACCCACCAAUUCGCUUUCCGGGGCUUAGUACCCAUGUCCACUGCAAUCAGCAAACUAGGCCGCUACCGCGCCCUCCGACAACACAUGCACUGCGGGCCACGAGCACACGUGCUGCAUUUCCCAGUCGCGAAGCAGCAGCUCAUGAAUGUUGUUGCGUUUGUGCAGGACCCGAGUGACUGGAUGCACUCCGGGAUGACGGCACCAGCGAAGAAGAGCGAAGUUGUGGACGCGUUCGAGGAAUGGGGUCCGUUUGUGCGCGCUGUAAUUGAUCUGCUGCCCGAGGAGCUGGAUAAGUGGGCUGUUUUUGAUACUUAUGACAGUCCAGUGCCGAAGUAUGCGGAAGGGAGGGUGGCGCUGGUGGGGGAUGCGGCGCAUGCGUCGUCGCCGCAUCAUGGAGCUGGGGCGGGAAUGGGGGUCGAGGAUGCGUUGGCGCUGGUUACGGCUAUCAGGAGGGCGAGGGAGGAUGUGGAUCGCGGAGUGGAGGUGAAUGGGGCCUUGGAGGCGGCGCUGAAGGCCUAUUCGAGAGUGAGGUAUGAGCGGUCGCAGUGGCUGGUGAGGAGUAGUCGCGAGGUGGGGUGGACGUAUGAGUGGAUGGAUGAGAGUAUUGGGGCGGAUAUGGAUCGUGCGUUUGCAGAUAUCAAGGAGAGGAGUCAUCGUGUGUGGUAUUUUAAUGUGGAUGCGAUGGUGGCAGAAGUGGAAAGACAGUAUCGUUGGUGUUUGUGGAACUAG